AUGGCGUCUUCGGCUGCGGCAUCGUCGCCGGCUACCCUGGCGACGACGUCGGUAACGGUGCUGGCGGCACUGGUGGCGCUGCUUAUUAGCGGCUCCGUUGACUGUGUAGCGACGACAGAGACGCACGUCAACGUGCUGGAGCUGGGCGUCUACUAUGAUCAGGCGUGCCAGGAUGUGCUUAUCGCCAACGGCGUCAAACUCGAAAAUAUCAAUAAAUAUCAUGGACUUCUGCUGAGCCAGGUACAUCAGCUGUUUCAACGCGCCGACCUAGAAGAAGCAAAAUUAGCAAUCGCACCCCUGUUCGUGGAGAAAAUCCCAUCCUCUGUGUUAAGUAACUUGGCGGCGAAUCCCUCCGAGAGUUUCUUAUGGGGUAAUUUCUCUGAAUGGGCGGCCGAUCAGAGCACCAUGGCGCAAGUUGCCUGGGACUUUACUAUACUUUUCACUGGAAUAGAUUUCAGAGACGCCGAUGGAUUAGAAUCUAAUGGUUUCAGUGAAAUGAACACCAUGUGUGAGAACUCUUCGGCGAUCGUCAAGUGUACGAAGAUCCUUGGUCUUCUCGGUACUCCUGUCAUCGUCGCUCGGGAGAUUGCCCACGGACUCGGAGCCGAAUACGAUGGCGCGCCGUACCAGCCGACGGUGACAUGUGACGAUAGCUACCUCAUGUCGAAACUUGAAUACUUGCGGGGAGACUCCCUAUUGAGCUGGUCUACCUGCACUAUAGCAACCUUAAAGGACACGCUAGGGCUAGAGACGCACUGUGUGAAAGCCGCAAAAACUUCGGCCAGCUCACGCCUCUUGAUCAAUAACGAGCCACCCGGACAGAGCCUGACAUUCGCCGGACAGUGCAUCAGCAUGCUGGGACCGAACGCGAGCGUAGACACGACCAAUUCGUGUGAUAGCGUCGAGUGUGUAGUGCAAGGGGACUCCCGGGCAUACAUAACUUUUCCGGCCUUUGAUGGAUCCUACUGCGCUGAAAAUAAAUGGUGCAUUAAAGGCGAAUGUGUGGCAUGGCCUACUGACGUAGCGAACGCUCCUGUGGUUAAGGCAGCGAACUGGACACGAUGGAUGCCGGAUCCGUGCAACGACAGCUGCGUAUCUUUUUCCAAAUCCAUGAAACCAUUCACACGAACCUGCGAGGUACAAAACGCACCCGACUGUGUCGGAGACAGAUUUGUCUUCGACGUGUGCACGCCAAGUUCUUCCCAGACUUGUGCUGCUUCCUUAAUGUUGGAUGUACAAGCAUAUGCGGAUAACGUAUGCACGCAAAGCACGGACCUAGAAAUAAAACCUCCCGCCGUUCUUAAAGUAAACAAUACAAACACUAUAGACGAUGCGUGCAAAAUUUUCUGCAGCAAAAAUGCAUCAAAUGGUGCUCCCUUAUUUAUAAACACGUAUCUGCCUAAUGGAACCUACUGCUACACAAAUGUAACGACACCGUACUAUUGCCAGGCUGGCGCAUGCAAGCCAUUGACGCGGCAGAACGGCGCCUGGACCGAGUGGAUUCUUGCAAUGUCAUGUAGGCCCGUAUGUGGGUCGCCGAAUCAAAAUACGGAGCAAGAAGUCCAUGAACGCUAUUGCACUGAUCCGCCGCCGUUGAAUGGCGGAACUGAUACCUGCACCGGCGAAGAUAAAAACUAUACGAUGUGCAACAUGAACGCCGGAAUGACUCAGUGCUACAACGGAUGUUUGAUGGCGUCACCCACACGCUGGUUGCCACUUGGCUGCGUUCUGGCAGCAUUUGCUUUAUUGAGGUUCAUCUUCUAAGAGCACUGCCCUUCUAACAUGGAAAAUAACUAUACGCGCAGAUGUAAAUCUUUGUCUACUCGGUGUUAGUGUAUAUUGUGUGGUGUCACGGUGUCACACCACCUUUCCCGGGGUGGCCUACCUAUCGUUUGAUGUGCUUCGGCUACAUGUUAGAUUCCUAACUAGACGGCCUCUAUAAGUCGUUGCUGUAAGUGAUCUACACACAUUGAUUACACUGAGCUAAUCGCUUCGGGAAUACGGUCAGUUUUCCACGACGGCGAUUUUGUCACCAUCAGGGUAUCGACAGAUAUUAAUAACAUGGGCUUUUCGUAUUUUUGCAAUCUAGAGAACUUAACAACCAUGAUCUGUUCAUUUAAAGCUAAUUUCUCACACCAGUUCUUUUUCUUUCAUAGAUCCGUACAGCAAAAUUACCGAGCUGAGUAUAAAAGGGUACACUGAUUCUGUUUGUUUCGGGAUUUUAGCACCAGAUUUACAUAUUGUUGUACAUCAAUUCCUUUUAGGCUGUACUGAAGCCAUAGUGAAGUUUGUAGUCAGUCUAGAACCUAACACUUUGCACUCUAAUGAUAAUAAAAAGAAAUGCAAUGAUAAGGAGACGUACCUGGCGAAUGACGGUAGACAGUCGUGUUAUUAGUAUCAUAACUUUAUCCUAUGAUAUAUAUGUAUAUAUAUAUAUAUAUAUAUUAUAUAUAUAUAUCGCCCCACUUCCGUGAAUUUGCCUACCUCCCCGUCGAUAUAGUCACACUUCCGUGUAUCGUCCAAUAGAGACUUAUAUUGAAAUGAUAAACAGUGUGAAUAAAUUUAAUAAAUUGUAAUAAUAAGUGCCUUUACGCGUAGAGGACCGGAUUGAUAUUGCUCAAGAUGCGAAGAAAGGCAAUGCUAUCUCGAUCUCUGAUGAUAUUUCCGGUACGAUGCUUCUUAGGAAUUUGCUGGGUAAUCCAAGAUGAGUAGCGCGGAAUCGCAGCCAUAAAAUUAGUGAACUUUGCAGUUUUAUUCGAAUGUGCAAGAUAGAUAGAUAUACGCAUUGCACGACAGUCUUCUCUCGGGGGAGGGCAUAGCGUAGCAUUAUAUAAACAAUCGCCAUCACAAACUGUAGUAUGUGAGUAUGUAAAUGCGAUCACUGAGACUAGGAAUACCGUCCAAACAGACAAAUGUGAUUUUCUGUAUAACGUAUAUACUGAUACUACUUACAAUAUCGUAAUUUUGCUUGAAUGAAUCACUUAUUUUGCUUACCUGCAGUACUACUCUCUUAUGUAUAUGUAUAUUUAUAAAAUAAACCUUAUGCGUCGUGUAUAGAGAGGUAGGUGCGAUUACGCGCGCCGGGUGUUACAAGCCAACGUAUACGUGAAAUAAUUUGCAUGUUGUUCUCACUAGGAUCGUGAGAGGUGAAACCAUGUGAAUGCGCUCAUGUGCUGAUAACAUAACAAAACUUAAACCAUCUCAAACGUCGACACGGUUGAAGUUGUGUGAAUUAGGGACCAUUUAUUGCCAUACGUCAGCAAUGUUAAAUAUUGUAUUUCCUUCGUAUACGAGACCUCAGUGGACAUUUAAAUCUAUAUUUUGUGUGUGCUAUAUUGCGUUGUUUAGGCACUAUAUUUUCAAUAUGUAUGUUGCAAUAUUUGACGCUGCAAUUAAUAGUUAGUGUUAUUUUCAGCGCGUAAUCAUGAUCACAACCGUAGAUAUUUUUGUUGAACGACCCGUUUGUGCUAUAUUAAAUAGCUGAUACGAUUUGUUUAUACGUUGAUGAUUUGUUUAACAGUGCGAGGUUAAUAGUUUCACCAGGCGCCAAACUUACGCAAAUCAGCAUAGAAACUGUUCAAGACGCACACCCCUUGCGUGCUGUAUUCUGAUCUGUUAAACGACCAUAAGCUAAUGUAUUUAUUGUCUAACGGUUAAGAAAUUAUAACAUAUUCUGCAAUCAGGA